GCUGACUGCUCUACGUUCACGUGACAUAACAGCGCUCGUCUCCUCGUGGCCUUCCUGCCUUGGGUCACGUGACCCUCCUCACAUCAGGGCCGCGUUACGUCACGGAACUGGCGCACUUCAUGCAUGUGUAGGUCGGAGCCGGAAAACACGGUGUCAGUAUGCCGGUGCUGGUGUGGUGACUGGAGACAGCAGCCUGCUGAUUCCUAGCCCAAUGCUUGCACGAGAUUACAGUCAUCAGAAUACAGAUUUGCAAAGGACUUCUAGUCAAAUCCAUAACCUGUGGUAUCUGGCUACUAAGUUGCCAGGUGAGUUGAACAGGUACCAAUCAGCUGAUGUCAGGUGAAAUCUGUCUGGACACAGACACUUCUGGAAAGGGUAAAACCACCUGAGGGGACAAAAAAGGGGAAGAAGGGAGAGCAGAAGGAACGGAACAUAUCAAAUAACUUAAAAGAACCACUAAAAGAAAAUAAGGCAGGCAGAUACGCUCUGAUCCUGACCUUUUCAGCUUGGGGUAUCCAGUUUCAAACUCAUUAGAGGGAACAGAAGUAGCUGGAAGAUAUAAGGAGCAGGAGCAGCUUUUCUUCGUACACCUGAUUCAAACCCACCCCCUCUGUAUUUUAAGUUUGUAAGCAGUGCUACAUUAUGGGACAGAGGCGUCUACCAUUAUACUCACAAGCAUCAAAAUACAAGAGAUACUUCACCAUGCCCCCGUUUCAUUGCUCACAUGGCAACACCGCCAGAUGAGCAACACUACUCCAAGAUGGCUGGUAACAGAUCUGCUGGAUAUCCUAGGAAUCAAAGAAACCUGCAUGGAAAACUGUCAUCUAGCACCCCAGCUUACAUGAAGGCAAGACAGAUGCGGGCAUCAGAGGUGACUUUACCUAGAUGUGUUCUACAGAAUGUUGCCAAGCAACCUUUACCAAGUACUGCUUCUAGUGAUGGCGAGCCGGAUGGAACAGCGGAUGUUUCAGCAAUAAUAACACCUGAUGAUGCUGCGAUCCACACAUCACAGGAUGAAGAAGAAAAGAACAACUCAACCCAGCUGACUCUGCCUCUAGAAAUAGCAAGUUUUUCAAAGUUUUGUGAAACUAGGAAUGUUUCCACCCAAGAAAUAUUGUGUAGUACGGUUCAUGCAAUAAAUAAUGUGGAGCAACCAAAAACAUCAUUCCAUGAAGUGGGCAGCAUGUAUGAAGACAAGGAAGACUCAGAUCUGUCUGGGAGAGCUUCCAGUUGCAGCAGCCUCUACAGGUCUUUCAGUACGCCAUUUUCCCAGCUGCUGUCUUCUUCAUCCUCCUUAUCUAUAAACACAGUCUAUACCUCCAGAUCCGAGGCAAUGAUCAAGAAUAGCUCGGGGAGAGUGACUAAACUGGAGGAGAAAUCUUUUCUAUCAGCAAGUGAACACUACAAUACCAUCCAGAGUCCCGGGAUACACAGUCAUAGUUACCUUGGUAACCCAAACCUUCAGCAGGCCUCCUCACAUUCAAUGGGAAAAAGCUUGCAGGCCUCAGACUUUGCAUCUUCUUUUGACGAAAUGUGGCAUGACCGUUUUCUUCAUCACUGGCCAGUCCUUCCACCAAUCUCGCCACAAAGAGAGUCUAGCAGUGUGGGUGACAUUGAUACAAGAUCCCAAACCUCAGAAUUUUGUAAUGGUAUCCAGAAGGCCUUUGAUGAACUGGACAUGAUAGCUACACCCACUGGGAUGUCCUGGACAUCAGGAAGUCCUCAGAAUGCCUCAUUUACAAGUUUUUCAUCAGUUUCAGGAGCAUGCAAACAUACUGCAUCUCUUACAUCUGGGUUUUCCAAUCCAGAAGGGUCACUUGCAGAAGUACGACUUUCCCUCUUAGAUCACUUGGGUUGCGGAGAGGAAAAUAACUCCAUAGAAGAUGGCAAAAGUAAUGAAUUCAUGGCUUUUCCUGAGCAAGGUCACCAGCUUUCCCCUGCAGCUGGAUGUCUAAAUGUACCCAAUACACAGGAUACUUAUUUAAAUAAAGGAGAAGAUAAUCUACACAACGAUCUUAAUGGGCUUACAAGUGAUGAAGACAUGGAGUUUAAAAUCCAAGAAGAGCUGUGCCAAGAAAUGGAAAGUUAUUUAAAUAUUUCCAGUAACAAGCAUUGCCAAAGUUCUCUGGAUAUAAAUGAUGCACAUGAUAUAAAAGGCAUAAAAUAUGAUAAAGAUCACAAGGAGGAUGACAAUGUGAACUACAGUGUAGUCUCCCAACGUCAACCACUUGGCAGGAAAGCAAUAAAACUAGACUACAGCAUAAGACGAGAAAUGGAGAGACAGAGGCUAGCCGAAGAAAAGAGAGCUCAAGUCGUGAAAAUGUAUUCAAGAUUACAAAGCUCUCGACUGCCAGCUAUUCGCACAACACAGUCAAUGAGGAUAUCUAGAUUUGAAGACUUCGACUUUUUGGCAAAAUACUGCAUCUUCAGCCAGGAGAAGUUGGCUGAGUAUAAAAGGGCUUUUGAAGCGGUGGAUACUGAUGAGGACGGAUACUUGGAUUGUCUACAAGUCCUUAUGGCUUUAAAGGAAAUAGUGCCAGGAAAUUCCCUAAGUGACGCUGAAGAGUUCUAUGUGUACCGGAUUCUAGAGAUUGUGGACUAUUAUGUAACAGAUGGCCUAACAGACCUGCGACUCUUCGCUGUGAUGGCUAGCUUGGCGCAGAAAAUAGCAGCACUAGAUUCUUUCAUGAGAUCUUUAAUUGAUCAUAUGGACUUCAAGGCCCUAGAGCUGAAAAUGUAUAAGGCUAAGCAACUCUUUCUGUGCAAUAUUGAUGCUGAAAGCAAGAGCAUCAGUGUGGAACAGCUCCUGGUGGAACUGAAGGCUGGUGGGAUUAGCCGGGAGCAUGAGGAGGCUGCACAAUUGGAAUUAAGUCACAUUAAGAAGCUGGAUAUCCUUGACUUUCUGACAUAUUUGCCUCUUUUUGUUCUUAUUCAUAAUUCUGUUAUAUCCAAUCCUCUCGAUGACUCUCGAAAUAUUUGAACACAAUUGGACUGUCCCAGUACCAAUGGUCCAGCUACUAUUCUAAAAAAAAGUUGUUGUGUGGCUGAAAGUCAAAGGUUUUGCAUAAUACAUAAAUGUGUAUGAAGUACUGUAUGUUUAUUGCAAAUGUAUUUUAAUGUGUAAUGUGUAUUGCAUCUUAAUGAUUGUAUAUAGGUGUCACCUAUCUGCAAUUGAAAAAGGGUAAUAUAACAUCCGUCUUGUUUUAUCUUGU